AUGAUGUGGAGAAUUCUCGUUUUUGGAUUUUUUGCGGUGACACUAGCCCAAGAUUACGAAGUAUCGGACAUUCAAUGUAGUCCACCAACAUCUCCAACAGACCUUCUUACUGCUAAAAUCAGACGGCCGGUUGGGUUCAAAGGUUCACCGCUCUUUGCUGAUGAUCGAGCUGCUGACCCGCUGACUGAUAUUCAAUGUCAAAUACGGCCUGAUCCAGCAGAUGCAUUAGAAGAUAAUUACUUAUUGAAAGUAACUGAUUUUUCACGGUGUGGAAUCUUAAAAAGAAAUGGUUUCAUUCACCUGAGAAUAUGGUUUCCGGCUUUUCCUGGAGUUGUCAUGCUGGCAGAUCAAGAGUUGAUUCUAAUGUGCAGACCACCUGAACCAACACUUUUAAGGCAUAAAGCUGCUGGUUUUGCUGGAACAUUGAAUAUUUAUACUUACAGUCCUCAUGGUGCGCGUGUAUCAGGUAUUGUUGAAGAAACACCAGGAAGAUUAGAGUACGAAGUAGCUCUUUAUCGUGAAGCAAUUGGAAACUCUUCAGAAAGUUCAAUAGGUGCAGAAACGGUAGACCAAGCUGUUCCAAUCGGCACGAAACUCCAAUUACGUGCUCGCAUAAGUGCUGAAAGUGCUUGGGGAUACAUUAAAUUAAUAGAAGUGACAGUAAGCCCUGAUCCAGAUAACCCACAUGCACAAGGAAGUGUUGUUCUUGUUAAAGACGGUUGCAGAAAUCGUGAUUUUGCAUCAAUAAUCCCUCAUCAGCCGUCAAGGUAUCGCGAAAGAAAAAAUGAAGUGUUUCUUGACUUUGAAGCUUUUCUUUUGAGCUCUAUGCGCGAAAGGUCAACUCUAUGGAUUCACUCCCAGAUAAAAGCCUGUAUGGAGCCUCAUGAUUGUCAACCAGAUUUUUGUUUGGAUCUAUUUGAGCCGUCUGGUCACGGGAAACGAAAACGUAGAGCAGAUGGAUUUGUUGAAGAAAUGUCCGGAAAUGGAAGUAAUGAACCGAAAGUGGAACGGUUAAUUCAAAAUUAUAAUGACUCAACACAAUUUACUAAAAUUAAAGAAAAUAUUGAGUAUACUGUUAUGAUGCCUAGUGAUCUUUAUGACAAAGUUGCAUUGGGCUUAGAAGGAAAUUGUGGGAAUUUUCUCUACGUAGCUACUGGCCUUGGUGUGUUACUUAUGUUUUCAGCGUUUAUCAUGUGUUAUCUAAUAUCACGAUUACACAACAUAACUACAAGUGUGCCUCAAAAUAAAUCCAUCGAUGAAUUAAUCAGGGAGCGUUCAAGAAAAUACUGUGAACCCGCACCAGGUUACACUGGUCGUACGAUCAUGCAAUAA